AUGGACCAAAAACGCAAAAAUUCCUUCUUCGUUGUUUUCGUUGUUCGUUCGUUUCAUGCACAUCGACACUUCAUCUCUCUCUCGUAUACUAUGCCACCGAAGAAGAAGACCAAGAAAGCGACCGCGACCACUCGGUCCACCGAGGAGGACGACGACGGUGGUGGUGGUGCAGGUGAUGUUGCUGCUACUGCUGCUGUGAAGAAAAAGAAGAGAGCAAAGUCACCGUCGCCUUUCGUGAAAGAAGAUGAAUCCGAAGGAGAAAACAACAACAACGCGAACGCUUUGAAUACUAAAAGGAAAUCGACCGCGCGAAGAGGGAAAUCGCAAACGCCGAACGAUGAGGACGACGACGGCGGAAAAGAAGAAGCGGAGGAGAAGAAAGUUUCGACGACGAUUCAGACGAGUCAAAUGGGGAAGCGAACAGAAAGGAGACAAAGAAAGGAAGCGAAGAGAAAUUUAGUCCUCGAGUCUGGGAACAAAGUCGCUUUGACGCCUCUAUUGGGAGGCAUUCGGGAGGACGACGGCGCGCGAGGCGGCACGACGACGACGACUGAACCGCUGUGCUAUUUAUUGCAAAUAGACCAGGCGAACAUACUUUUAGAUUGCGGAUGGGACGACAGGUUCGAUCAAACCGAGUACGUGAAAGAGUUGGAGAAAAUCGCGCCUACGUUGGAUUGCGUGUUGAUCUCGCACUGCACGCAACGACACGUCGGCGCGGUACCUUUGCUCUUCUCCGAGCGAGUGAAAUGUAACCCAAACUGUAAAAUUUACGCGUCGAUACCGACGCACAAGUUGGGGCAAAUGUUGUGUUACGACAUUGCGCUCGGGUAUUCCGAGUUUCGAGGGGAGUUUGGAGAAGAUGUGGGAUACAGUCUAGAUGACGUGGAUUUGGCGUUUAGUAAGUUUGUUCCGGUGAAGUAUCAGCAACAUUCGAGGGUGAGCGUGAGGAGAGAAAGCGCAGGGGGUGGUGGUGGUGGUGAGAGCGACGCGGGUACUAAUAGCAAAAAUAGUGGUGGUGCUACCAAUAGCGAUAUUGUCGUCGAAGCUAUCAACGCCGGUCACACGUUAGGCGGUUCAUGUUGGCGCAUAUCAAAAGACGCCGAGGAUAUCGUCUACGCGGUUGAUUACAACAUGCGGAAAGAACGACAUUUAGCCGGGACGAGUUUAGCAGAGACUGUGCAUCGACCGUCGGUUUUAAUUACAGAUUGUCGGAACGUGGAUCGAAAAGCGCCCGAGUCGAGGUUGCAAGUGAGAGAUUUGCCGUUAGUCGAUUGCGUCUUAAAACACGCGCGCAUGGAAGGGAACGUGGUUAUUUGUUGCGACGCCGUUGGAAGGACGUUAGAGUUGGCUUUAUUAUUAGAAGAGACGUGGAAGAAUCAAAAUUUAGGAAGCUAUCAGUUAGUGUUGUUCAAUAACGUCGCCGCAAACGCGUUGGAGUUCGCGCGGUCCCAUUUAGAAUGGAUGAACGAAGACGUUGGUUUGAAAUUCGAUAGCACGCGACAGAACGUGUUCGACGUGAAAAGAUUGUUUCCGUGUCACUCGUACGAAGAUUUUACGAGAUUACCUCCGGGACCGAAAGUUGUCCUUGCAUCGUUGGCGUCUUUAGAAGGUGGGUUUGCGAGGAAGUUGUUCGUUGAAUGGGCCUCGGACGCGAAGAAUUGUUUCAUUUGGCCGGACGAAAUUGGUCGCCAAGUUGGAUUAGCGAGAGAGAUUGUCGAAAAGUGCAGUAAGGGAGGAGCAAAGACGACUUCUUCAAAGACGAAAAAGAAAGACGUGAUCAUGAAAGUUGAAUUAGCGAGGCGAGAAUUGCUGUCUGGGAAAGAGUUGGAAGCGUGGGAGCACGAACAAGAAGAGAAACGUCUCGAAGCGGAAAAGAGGAGAGAAGAAGAAGCGAAGCGACUGGCCGAAGAAGAAGAGAAGAAACGUAUGUUGGAGGAAGAGAUGGAUGUGGACGCUGCGACGCUCUCGCAACCAGUUGAAGACGAAAAUAUUUACGGUGAAAAGAAAGCGGGUGUCGCAGAGGAAGAAGAAAAAGUUGAGCGUUUGGUACCGCCACCUCAAGUAAACGAGGAAACUGGUAUUGCGCUGCGAGACAAGCAAAUGUCGUUUGAGCGACGCGAGUGCAUCGUCGAUGGAUUUAUUCCCGAAAGUUUCGAGCAUCUCGUCUUUCCGGACGAAACGAAAUUAUCUUCUUCAUCAUCCGAUCCCUCGGGUAUGAGUGCAAAAACUGAGUACGGGGAAGCCAUCGAUGCGGACGCGUUCUUUAGAGUCGCGAACGAAUUAAGACCGGAAAUGACGAGAGAUCAAUCGUUUGAAAGUACCGGCGACGUCGAUAAACUCGCGGGCGUAGAUGGCAUCAUGGACGCGACGAUGGGAAUAGCAGCGAAAUUGACUAACAAACAACCGGAUAUGGAUAUAGAUGCGAAUGCGGGUAAAGAAGAGAAAGCUCUCGAACGACCGGUGGGAAUACCAACGAAAGUCGUCAAGGAAACGAAAGAAAUCGUCGUGAAAGCGGCAAUUGAAUCAAACUUUGAUUACGACGGAUUAGCCGAUGGUCGAUCAGUGAAAGCAAUCAUCCCGCGUCUAGAACCGCGACGAGUAAUUCUCGUGAGUGGUACUGUGAAAGAUGCCGAGAAGCUUGCUUCGCACUUAUACAACGAUUCCGAACACUUCCCGAAGAGCUCGAAGAUUGAUUAUCCGAAGAACAACGAGACGUUAGAUGCAUCCUCGGUACAUCCGACGUACAAGGUUCGACUUUCUGAAGCGGUUUUAUCCUCCGCGCGUUUGCGACAGGUGAGUGGCUAUGCCGUCGGUUGGAUCGAUGGCGUCAUUGGGCCAAUCCCUGAAGAUGGCUCGGCGCCGGAGUUGCUCCCGGUCCCAGUGAAUGCUUUGAAAUUAACCGUAUCAAAAACAGUUAAAGACGAAUCUUUACUCGCUGGAAAAGUCACCGGUCCUUCUUUAAUAAAGAAAGAACCAACCGCCGCCGCUCUCGUGGUAGAAGACAACGAAGAAAAUGAAGGUACAGAAAUCAACAUCGUGACUAAACAUCACCGACGCUCGGCGUUCGUGGGUGACGUUCGUUUGUCCGAGUUUAGAAGGUAUUUGCAGAGAAUGGGCGUACCCGCCGAGUUUGGCGAAGGCGGUGCUUUAGUUUGCGCGAAUGGACAAGUCGUCGUUCGUCGAAGAGCCGAAGACGAUGAGUUGAUUGUUGAAGGAUCAAUCUCGGAUGCGUACUUCAACGUCAGAGACAUGCUCUAUGCGCAAUACUCAAUUAUUUAA